UCACUUGUCGUCCUUGUUACAUCAAUAAUUCAAACGUUAACAACAUAAUUAAUUCCAUCCCUUCAACAAUGUUUUAUAACAAACCGCCUUCUUCAUGGCUUUGUUUCUUCAUUUUUAUUCAACAAUUAACAUUAUGACGUAACAUACACAACCAUCUAAAGUAUUAUGACGUAAUAAUAAAUGGGUUUUUAAAACAAACAACGUCACGAUAAUUACAUAAUUCAUAUUAUGACAAAACAAAGUAAUUGCUAAUGCAUGUAUUAUGACGUAACACAGCACGAUAAGCAAGAUUGUUUUAAUAAUUAAAGUUCAUUAAUACGUCAUAAGCUCCCUUUUAAGCACCAAGUGGUUAUGACAUAACAAACAAAAUAAAUAAAACGAUCACGUGAUAAAUUGUUAGUUAUUGUUGCGUCAUAUUAGUUCGUUUAUUUGCUCAUAAUAAAUUCUUUGUUGUGUGACUUGUGACGUAACUACGAACUACGUCAUAAUACCAAUUGUAGUUGAGGAUUGAUGUCGCCACCAAGCGGAUAAAACCAAAUAGAUAUCGUAUAUAACCUUGGAUGGUGAAUAAUAAUCGAUAUUAUACGUCAUCAUACGUAAUAAUGACAGAGAGGGGAUUCCCCCUCGUAGAAACCACGUGUUGUUUGUCCAACACAAACAGCACUGUGACGUCACAAUGCUGUUUCAUGGUAAUUAUGUCGUAACAAGGAUAAUAGACAAAGGUAUUAUGACAUCACAUAGCCCGUACCACGCGAGCAUCUCAUAAACCAGACGUUUUAUUUGUUUGUUGUACCACUUAGCACCGAGAUAUAACACACAUAUAUUUCAUGCAACAACCACUUUCGACCCAACUCUUCCGUAAUGAAGUCGAUUGUUUUUAUUUUGUUUCUCGCUGUUUAUAGCGGUUGUAGCGACGAUGAUGACGUCAUAGUGGAUUCAAGAGUUUCAACCGAACAAUCUCGAAUGUACACGAACAAUGGACAUCUAUUCUUCGAGGCUGGCGGAGGAUUUAAUAUUUCUUUCAAAACUAAACAGGGGCGGGUGAAUAUUAACGAUAAGGAUCUAGAUGUGGUUACGACACAGGUGACGCAGAAUCAGCUUGAUAUAACCGACAUUAAACAAAAUGGCGGGAUGUCACCUGGAGCUGUCAAUCAAAUCGAUAAUAACACAAAGUUGAUUGGGGAGUUAAAACAAAGUUUGGAAGAGCAACAACAAACUAUGACAAAGUUAGAAACAACGGUUGGAGACUUGGUAGCCACCGUACAAGCAAUGGAAGAGGUAUCCUUAAAAGAUGAUUGUUCCAGUAAUCCGUGUCGCAAUGGCGCCUCGUGUGUCGAUUUUUCGUUUAUUUGCUCAUAA